ACAGGCUGCUGAAUUAUUAUUUUUUUUUCUUAUUGCGCAUGCGUUUCUAGAAUAUGACAGUUUAUUUAUAUUAAAAAAUAUAUCACUUAUCAUCGAUUAAUUCCAACGUUUUUUUGCUCUUUGCUCUUUCUGACACCAUGUUGUGUUUUUUGUCCAUUUAAUUUGCCAAUUCUUUUCUAUAGUUUUCCAAAUUUAAGUAUGUUAUCCCUUUUUUAUUUUAUGUUUUUUUGUGCAAAUAUACGACAUUUUAAAACGAUACGAAGUGGAAAAGAAAAAUCAAAGGACGCCAAAAUGGCAAUUUAAAGCCAAACAUGGAUUGCCUGACUCCAUUUUAUAAAAUUAUGACAAACAUAAAUCAGUCCCUGUCUGCUCAUGCUCUCCCUACUGGCCGUCUUAUAACUAGCCGAUUGAAAAUAGUCAAAAACUAAGUAAACGAUUGUUCAAAAACAUUUCUCAGUCGAGAAAUUUUAUUUUAUUAGUUGAUAUAAUUAAAAUGAGCUUAUUGCAUGAUUUAAUCACCGCUAAUAAUUUUGCAACACUUCGUGACCUUCUCGGAGCAGGGAUAAAUCCGAAUACUGCAGAUGCCGGAGGAAAAACACCUCUACACAUCGCCGUUUCCAAAAAUGAGGAUAAUAUAGAAGAAUCUGAAGCCAGUUUGCAAGUUGUAAGGGAAUUAAUUUAUUUUGGAGCUGACGUGAAUCGUGCGGACAACCUCGGAAAUACUCCUCUGCAUUUGGCCGUUUGUUUUAGAAAUUACAAAAUGAUGGAAAUUCUUCUAAAAUGCAAUGCAGGAAUAGAUAUACAGGACGAUCUUGGAAAUACUGCAAUGCAUUAUGCUAUUGAUAACUACCAUUUCUUACAAUGGACAAUUUAUAACCAUGACUGUCCUGGAGAUCGAAAACAUGCCGAUUUGACAGCAGUAAAACUACUUCUGAACUAUCUUCCGGAUAUUAACUUAUCUAACUGUUCAUGUGAAACUCCCCUGAUAUGGGCCGUGAAAGAACAGAACCUUCAAAUUGUUCAAAUAUUACUCAAGAAAGGUGCAUUCUAUUCUUUGAGAGAUAUACAUGGCAAUGACGCUUUGCAUUAUUCUUUAGAUCAAAUAGAAAUAGAUAAGGAAAUUGUGGCGGAACUCCUCAAAUAUAGAAGCAAUCAUGAUUACAAAAAUAACGAUUUAGAAAGUCCUGUAGAUGCGUAUCUUAAAAGACUACGAAAUGCAUCCCCUUCAGAACGAAAAAAAGCAGAAUACUUAUUCAAACUUUUUGUGUUUCGUAAAAAUAAUUUUGAGCUUGCACAAUGCCGAGAAAUAGCAGCCAUGAGCAGAAAAACGAAAAGCCUUCUUGGCCAAUUUUUUUGGUACUGCCGCUUUGAAAUUGAAAAAAUGAAAAUUGAUGAACUAGUAACAUGUUAUACUGUUUAUGAUUUGGCUUCGAGGGGAUUUUAUUAUUCUAUUUCUGAAGAGAUACCUCAUCCAUUUGAAAUAUUUGAUAUAAUACUUGAAAAAUUGAAAAGAGGUGAUUAUACCGUAUAUAUUGACAUAAUCGUAUCUGGUAUUUGCAGAGACUAUAUGGCUGUUAAAACUGCAGAAACUGGAUACUGGAUGAACAGCAAAGGUAAAAGAAUAGAAUUUUUAAAUUUUGACACGCGUUAUCGCCUUUGUUAUUAUUUAAACAAUUUUGAAAUGUUUAAUUUGAUGCUAGCGUUGUCAUCAACCAGCUCGUUUUUAAAAAUAUGCAGAAUCUGCAAUGUCUUGUUUACAAAUGUAUAAAUGUCAUUUAUUUCUGCAAUUGAAUAUUUUUAAAGGGAAGACUUGAACUUGAGACAUUUUACUCUAAAUAAUGUUGAAAGUAAGGAUAAUUUUGUAAAUCGCGCAUCAUUUUUAUCAAUAUGUUAAAAUUUUAAAUUCAUGAUCAACAUACAAGUUUAUAUUUUCGUUUAUACUGUUAUAAUCAAGUGUCUUUUAAAAAAUGCUAUUUUUUAACUAAGCUUCAGAGGCUACUGUGCUAUCAGAAUCAUGCAAUGGCGGAUUUCAUAAGCCGUCUAGGAAUUUGCCUAUAACAGAGCCAAAGGAGUCAUUACAUGCAGGCCAGUGAAAAAUUAUAAUCAGCCAAAAUGUCAUAUACAAUUUAUGGGAAAAAACUAGCACCCCAGUGUAUAUUUACAAUAAAUCUUUUGUUUAUUAAAAUGUAAUUGCAUUUUAUGGCAAGUAGAAAUGUUAUUGUUCCAUAAAUUCUUCACUCAAUAUCCCAUCUGUUGACUCUGUAAAAUAAAAUUUUU